CCUGUCAGUUUCUUUUUAAACACCAUUGCCGGCGGAAACCCCAGCAGGAUCCGGAAGUAAAGGACGUCUCCGGGGUCAGAGAAACGUCAAGAUGGCGGCGCGCGUGGCUCGCUUUCGGUGCUGGAGUCGAAUACACAGGUAUGGCCUUGUAGUAUGUCGAAGAUACAGCAGUGGCAGUGCCUACCCUAAUGUUUCUCUCUCAUGCCCACUACCUGGGAUUCCCAAGCCAAUCUUUGCUAGUGUAGAUGGACAAGAGAAAUAUGAAACCAAAAUCACCACCUUGGAGAAUGGACUCCGUGUUGCCUCUCAGAACAAAUUUGGCCAGUUUUGCACUGUAGGAAUUCUAGUCAAUUCUGGAUCAAGACAUGAAGCAAAAUAUCCUAGUGGAGUUUCACACUUCCUUGAGAAAUUGGCAUUUUCUUCAACAGCUCAAUAUGGAAGCAAAGAUGAAAUUCUUCUUACCCUAGAAAAACAUGGAGGAAUUUGUGACUGCCAAACUUCGAGAGAUACCACAAUGUAUGCUGUGUCUGCAGAAGUGAAAGGCCUUGACACUGUAGUUAGCCUUUUAUCAGAUGUGGUCCUUCAGCCAAGGUUAACAGAUGAUGAAAUUGAAAUGACCCGCAUGGCAGUUCGAUUUGAGUUGGAGGAUCUAAAUAUGAGACCAGAUCCUGAGCCGCUUCUUACUGAAAUGAUUCAUGCAGCAGCUUAUCGAGGAAACACUGUGGGUCUGCCCCGUUUUACCCCUGUAGAGAAUGUGGAGAAGAUCGACAAAGCCAUGCUUCAUAAAUAUUUGCAGAGUUACUAUAUCCCAGAGCGCAUGGUGCUGGCUGGAGUGGGUGUCGAUCACGAGCAGUUGAUGCACUGUGCCUCCAAGUAUUUACUGGGAGUGAAGCCUGUGUGGGGAGCAGGGACUCCGGACAAAGUAGAUUGCUCUUUGGCUCAGUAUACAGGUGGCAUCAUCAAGUGUGAAAAAGAUAUGUCUGAUGUCAGUUUGGGACCUACCCCAAUACCAGAGCUGACACACAUAAUGAUUGGAUUGGAAAGCUGCUCAUUUCUGGAAGAAGACUUUAUUCCUUUCGCUGUUCUUAACAUGAUGAUGGGAGGUGGAGGAUCUUUUUCAGCAGGAGGUCCUGGAAAAGGCAUGUUCACACGACUUUAUCUUAAUGUUUUGAACAGACAUCAUUGGAUGUAUAAUGCAACCUCCUAUCAUCAUAGCUAUGAAGACACUGGUUUACUUUGCAUUCAUGCAAGUGCAGAUCCCCGUCAGGUCAGAGAAAUGGUGGAAAUUCUUACAAGGGAGUUCAUACAAAUGGCUGCUACCGCUGGUGAGAUGGAGCUUGAAAGAGCAAAAACCCAACUGAAGUCGAUGCUGAUGAUGAAUCUUGAAUCUCGGCCUAUCAUCUUUGAGGACGUAGGGAGGCAGGUGUUGGCCACUGGCAAGAGAAAGCUACCUCAGGAACUUUGUGAUUUAAUCAACAGAGUUACUGCUGCUGAUAUCAAAAGAGUCACCACAAAGAUGCUCCGCAGUAAGCCCGCAGUAGCUGCACUGGGAGACCUGAGUGAACUGCCAACUUAUGAACACAUCCAAGCCGCACUGUCUAGUAAAGAUGGACGCUUACCCAGAAUAUAUCGGCUUUUCCGAUAGAGUGCACUGUGGGACAUUAACUGAAAUGUGGGUAGUGUUUUUGCCAUGUUAUACACAACAGUCGAGAUGUAUAAUGUACUAAAAACACAAAACAGUGGUCUCCGCCUAGCAGUUGCCCCACAAGCGCUGGGCCUACUGAAUGCACAAUUUUAUAUCAAAGCUGUGUGCUUCUUUUCUGUUUGGCCAAUUAUUUGGAGCACUUUUGGCAACUGUGGACAGUCACAGUGCAGUAACGGGCCUCUUGCUCAUUCUCUGCAACUAAAUUAAGUCUCUCAUUUAUGUUGCUGAUGUAAUUUGCAGUCCCUGAAACCAACAUUUCUUGCGUACAUCAACUGCAACAGCCAUUACCCCCCCAUGUUGUUUGUGUUCCACCGAUUGCCAGCUCCUAUCAGGUGUUUUCAGAAAGACUGGAAAUGUAAUUAGGUUGACUUUGUGUAGGUUGUUGUGCUGAAAUUUGAAACGGAUUGAUUCAAACGAUCUGCUGAUGCUUUUGCUGUCUUAUAGGAGACGGUAAUCGGGUUAAGUGGUCUGCCAUGCAGUUGGGACGAGCAGAUCAUUUUUAACUAGCAACCCUGGACGCUUUCACUUGUGCAGAGCCAUGGCAAAGAUUUGUGGGUUACUACGACGUCUAAAAUCAAAUUUCUGCCCAACAGCAUGAUGGAUAAAACAUUUUGCACAAUUGUUGUUUCAAAGUGGGUAUCUGAAGUGUGAGACCUCCGGGCACUGCCCUGUCACGCUUCCCUCUUGCUGUAAGGGUAUCCUAAAUGUGCCCGUUUAUGUUCAGUUAGUGUGCAUCUCUUUAAGGAUCAGGGUCUGAUCAUUUUAGCUCCUUGCCAUGAUGCAAAUAAAUAAGUGUAUGCAUUAGUGUUAAAACACUGCCAUCUUAAACAGCAACUGUUUUGAAUUUCAUUAAAGGAAUGUUUAUUUUUAA